AUGGCCGACUCUCCAGGCUCACCCCUCUCAUCAAUCAACCUCGAAGACGACGACUCCUCCCGCGAAGACAUCAAGUACGACCCCCAAAGACAGUCCCCAUCAACACCCAACACAAACAUGCCCCCGUCAAAGCGACGACGUACCGGAGUUGCCUCCUGGGACUGCCAGACACCCCUUUCAUCUGUACAGGAUGAUAUUCUCCCGACUUCUCCCUCAAGCACCAUCUCAUCCGAUACAUCGGGCGAAAUCCCCAACUCCCCCAGCACACUGGCCUUGCUGGGCGCCAGCCAGGAUGACGAUUACAGCGGUCAGGGUACAGAUCAGGUUACAGUGUGUCGGUGGGAAGGAUGCGACGCAGGCGACAUGGGGAAUAUGGAUGAUCUAGUUGAGCACAUUCGCAACGAGCACGUCGGAGGCAGGCAGAAGAAGUAUCUCUGUGAAUGGGUUGAUUGUUCGCGGAAGGGCCAGACGCAUGCCAGUGGGUAUGCUCUAAGGGCGCACAUGAGGAGUCAUACGAGGGAGAAGCCCUUUUACUGUACUCUUCCAGAAUGCGAUCGCAGCUUCACCCGCUCUGACGCCCUGGCAAAGCACAUGCGAACAGUCCACGAAACAGAAGCCCUCCGACCCUCCGACCCCAUCCCAAAACUAGCCGCAGGCUCCGCGGCCUCGGGCAAGACCCAACGCAUUAAAUUGAAACUCUCACAGCCCUCCAAGGAUUCGUCGGACACAGAACAACAAUCACAGCAACCACCCCCACCACCAAGUGACCUGGCGUCUGAUUUGACUGCUCUUGAGGAUUUCGACCUGUCUGAGUUCGGCCCCGAGCUAGGCUUCGAUGCGCACGAACUCUCCCUCCGUCCAUACGAUCUCUACCGUCUUCUCCGGCGGCAGAUCCACUGGGCGGAACAGGAGAGUGUGCAACUUCGCGCUGAAUGGGAACAUAUCCGUCCGAAAAGGCAACAAGCCUGGCGGAAAAAGGAGGCUAUAUUUGAUGACGUGAUGGAUGCCGAGUUGAGGUUAUUCAGUGCAAUGGUCGGGACUAGUGAACCAAACGCGGAAAAGAAUGCCCAUGCCCCGGUUGUGAAUACCGACCUGGGAGAAUCGACCGAGCAACAGCAACGAGAAGGAGAGGACGCGAAGCUCGCGCUUUCUGAGGGUAUUUCGGCAUGA